CACACAACACAACCUUUCUUCCCCUAUUUUUCAUCUCUCCGAUCCCUUUUUUCCUUCCCGUUCUCGUCAAAAAAAUUUUACUUUCUUUCUAGCAAUCUUCGAUUUCUCGAUCUGCGGCCAUGGAGACUGAGCGCGUGACGGAGUUUCCUUUCACUCACUUGGAUCGUCGCCCUCGAAAGAGAGCGCGAUUGGGCUGGGAUGUUCCUCAGGCCGCAAAGGCUCAGGUAGGAAUGUUUUGUGGACAAGAGCUUGGGAAUGUGACAAGCUUUGCAUCUUUGAUGGCACCAUCAGACCACACUACUAUUUCUCUUUUUGAUAAGGAAGUGGCUCGAAAUGGUUCCCCCCCUUGGAGAGAGGAUGACAAAGAUGGGCAUUACAUGUUUUCGCUCGGAGAAAAUUUAACAUCUCGCUACAAAAUCCAGAGCAAAAUGGGUGAAGGUACCUUCGGUCAGGUUUUGGAAUGUUGGGACAGAGAAAAAAAGGAAAUGGUUGCUGUAAAAAUUGUUCGGGGGGUCAAAAAAUACCGUGAAGCAGCAAUGAUCGAAAUUGAAGUGCUGCAACAGCUUGGUAAACAUGACAAAGGUGGCAACCGUUGUGUGCAAUUACGGAACUGGUUUGACUAUCGUAACCAUAUUUGUAUUGUGUUUGAGAAGCUUGGACCAAGCUUAUACGAUUUUCUCAAGAAAAACAAUUACCGCUCAUUUCCCAUUGACCUUGUCCGUGAGAUUGGCCGACAACUGUUGGAAUGUGUAGCAUUCAUGCAUGACCUUCGCCUGAUUCAUACUGACUUGAAGCCAGAGAAUAUACUCCUUGUUUCUCACGAUUAUAUUAAAGUUCCUGAUUAUAAUAAGAACUCAUCUCGAUCACCCAAAGAUAGCUCAUAUUUUAAAAGAAUUCCAAAGUCAAGUGCUAUUAAGGUUAUUGAUUUUGGAAGCACAACUUAUGAACGUCAAGAUCAAAAUUAUAUUGUAUCAACACGACAUUACCGGGCUCCCGAGGUUAUUCUUGGAAUGGGAUGGACCUACCCUUGUGAUGUAUGGAGCAUUGGUUGUAUCUUAGUGGAGUUGUGCACGGGUGAGGCCUUGUUCCAGACUCAUGAAAAUUUGGAGCACCUUGCCAUGAUGGAGCGGGUACUUGGGCCCUUGCCCCAGCACAUGUUGAAGAGAGCAGACCGACAUGCUGAGAAGUAUGUCAGGAGGGGUAGAUUGGAUUGGCCAGAGGGUGCAGCCUCGCGAGAGAGUAUCAGAGCUGUUCAGAAACUUCCUCGUCUUCAGAAUCUUGUAAUGCAGCAUGUAGACCAUUCCGCAGGGGACCUCAUUCACCUCUUGCAGGGUCUCCUUAGGUACGACCCAUCAGAUAGGCUUUCAGCUCGGGAAGCCCUCAGACAUUCAUUUUUCACGAAGGACAAUCUUAGAAGAUGAGUUUAUUAUUGUGUUUGUGCCUGCUGCUGAGUGAAGUGUAUGAUGUGGUUGGCCUGAAAUCCUGAGAGGUGUUAAUAACAUCCCCUUCGUGUAGAUAUAUCCGAAUGUACUGAUGAUUAUUUGUUAACCGUGAGCGGCCCACCCGUUGUGCUCUCCCAGCCACCUGCCUAUGAUUAAUGUACAGAACUGAGAGUUUGAAAUAAUGAACAAAUGUCUUCUCACA